GCGGCGGCGGGCGCGGAUCUUCGCGCACGGGUCCAGCGGCUCCAGCGGCUCGGGCGGCCCCAACUCCGGCGGGGAUGGGCGGGCGGCCACCCUGGAGGCGCGGGGGGCGCGCGACCUGACCUCCUGAACUCGGAGUCCGGCCGCCCGGCCGCGCCGGGUUGAGGGUCUGCUCGCUUGGCGCGGACGCGGGACAGGCGGCCGAGCCGGAGCCAGAGCAUGCGGGGCGCGACGCGGGCGGCUGGGGGGCGCGCGGGGCAGCUGUGGCCGAGGCCCCCCGCCCCGGGCCCUGGACCGCCGCCGCUGUUGCUGCUGCUGGCCGUGCUACUGGGCGGCGCGGGCGCGCAGUACUCGAGCGACCUGUGCAGCUGGAAGGGGAGCGGGCUGACGCACGAGGCCCACAGGAAGGAGGUGGAGCAAGUUUACCUGCGCUGCUCGGCGGGCACCGUGGAGUGGAUGUACCCGACCGGGGCGCUCAUCGUGAACCUGCGCCCCAAUACCUUCUCGCCCUCCCGGCACCUGACUCUGUGCAUCAAGCCCCUCAGGGGCUCCUCGGGGGCCAAUAUUUAUUUGGAAAGGACUGGAGAACUGAAACUGCUGGUGCGGGACGGGGACCUCGGGCCUGGCCAGGCGCCGUGCUUCGGCUUCGAGCAGGGGGGCCUGUUCGUGGAGGCGACACCACAGCAAGACAUCAGCAGGAGGACCACAGGCUUCCAGUACGAGCUGACCAGCAGGCGCGCGGGGUCGGACCUGCACGCCCUGUCGGCCCCAUGUCGCCCUUGCAGCCACACAGAGGUUCUCUUGGCCGUCUGCACCAGCGACUUUGUCGUCCGAGGCUCCAUCCAGAAAGUGAUCCACGAGCCGGAGCGGCAGGAGUCGGCCAUCCACCUGAACGUGAGCCGGCUCUACCGGCAGAAGAGCAGGGUGUUCCGGCCAGCCCCUGAGGGCGAGGGUGGAGGCUGGCGGGGGCGCGUCUCCACGCUCCUGGAGUGCGGCGUCCGGCCCGGGCACGGCGAGUUUCUCUUCACCGGCCACAUGCACUUUGGGGAGGCCUGGCUCGGCUGCGCCCCACGCUUCAAGGAUUUCCAAAGGAUGUACAGGGACGCUGAGGAGAGGGGGAUGAACCCCUGCGAGAUGGGCACGGAGUGAGCGCCAGGUGACCGCGGCCGCAGCGGUGGACACGCACACUGUGGAGGGUGCCUGGCGCUCAAGCUGGGGAGGCCCACGCUGCAUGCGGCCCCACGAGGUUCCGGCCAAGGACUCCCUGACGGAUUGAUCGGAGAUGCUGUAACAUGCCAACUAAGUUAUUAUAUUUUUUUUAAAAAAGAAAUGUCCAUAGGAAGCAAACUCCCGUGUCGCAAAAUGCCUUUGUGUUCUGUUUUGUACUGUUUUCUGAGCAUCUAAAGUCACUGUGUUUGGCUGGUAUGUUGGGUGAAGUGUGGGGGCUGUAGGUCACGGCCGACGCUGGACACCAGGCUUGGGUACCAUUCGAAGUUGUUUCUUUUUAUGGAAAUUUAUGGAGCCAGACACCUAAUGGUUUUUCAUUUUGUUUUUGAAUUUUUAAAGGAGGGGCUUUGCCAGCCAUCAUCAUUUUGGGACUGCAGGGUGUUUCCAUUCCAGGGAAUAAAGACCAGCCUCUUGACAGAUCAA